AUUUUUAUUUUCGUUUCCUGGAAGGCCAGACUCGGAGCCCACGCUGCUCGGCAGUUGCCUUCUAGCAGAUCCAGAGGAUAACUUUGUGCGGAGGAGGAGAGCGUGGCAUCCAGAAAUUCCCAGCCCCCUGAAGCAGAGGCUCCACCUCCACCUUUCAUGCAGGGCAAAGUGGUAGCCAGUUCUUCAAGUCCUGUGACAGUUUCUACUUUGCCCCAACAUCUGCAGCUCACAUCUGUGACAUCAUUACAGCCACUCUAUGAGGGACAAAUCUGCACAUUACCAGGCCAUCUCAGAAUCCAGCCCUCUCUGUGGAGCAAGGAUGAUGUGAUUCACUGGUUAAGAUGGGCAGAAAAGGAAUAUUCACUCAAGAAAACUGAUGAAAGUAAAUUUGAAAUGAAUGGAAAAGCCCUUUGUAUUCUCACCAAAGAAGAUUUCAGAAUCCGGGCUCCUAAUUCAGGAGAUGUUUUGUAUGAGUUACUCCAAUAUAUUAAGACCCAGAGAACACUAGUUUGCAGCCCUUUCUUUAACUCUCCUUUAAGGGACGCAGACCAUGCACAGACCCAGAGUGCCUCAGAAGGCUUGAAGGGCAAGUUAGACAGUUGUGCAGGAAGUGGCCAUCCACUGCCUAUGGAAUGUUUGCUGGUCACAACCAGUCGUCCAGGCAAUGCAGAACAAUCCAUAUCACCUACCAGCAAAUUCUAUGCUCCUGGGGCAAUUAAUCUCUUACACCAAGAUCGCAGUACAGAGGUCAGUGACAGCACAAACGUUGCCUACCCUCUUCCUGUGUCAUCACCAGUUCCAGUCAGUGGUAAAAUUGCAGACUGCAGGUUUCUCUGGGAUUAUGUCUACCAGCUCCUCUGUGAUAGCCGAUAUGAAUCAUAUAUCAAAUGGGAAGAUAAAGAAGCCAAGAUAUUUCGGGUGGUUGACCCCCAUGGACUAGCCAGACUCUGGGGAAAUCACAAGAACCGCAUGAACAUGACAUAUGAGAAGAUGUCAAGAGCUCUGAGACAUUACUAUAAACUCAACAUAAUCAAAAAGGAACCAGGACAGAAACUUUUAUUCAGAUAUUUGAGAAUUCCCGGAGAGGUGAAAUCUGACAAGUCCAGUAAAUUUGAUCAGCUGGACAAUGAAGAAGAGGAAGGGGAGGACUGGAAAGAAGAGGGUUUAGAAAUUUCACCCUAGAAGCCUUUCUAGGUAUAGUUGGCACCAAGAAGUUGUGUUGUGCAAAGGCUUGAAAUGACAAAGUGAAGUAAAGAGAUGUCUCGGGGCUUCUCUCUGCUGUAGUGUAUCCAUAGCUCAGAUGGAUAGUAGAGGGUUUCUGUCUCCUUCCUCGCUGAUCAUCUGCUUUGAAAAUGCUCCUUUGUGAGUUCAUGGCCGUUUUUUGCACGGCACAAUUACACCGGGUUGAGAUGGGAUCAUAUAUACCUGGGCUAUUUUAUCCUGGUUUCUCUAUACGCGCGGUUCCCUGCUUCUGCCCAGGAGCAGAGUUGGUAAUGCUCCAGUUUGCUCCACAUGACCUGAAUUUCUGUAUUUGCUUCGGAAGCAUUUCUGAGCAUGCCCAGUGUCCCGUGUUCCAAUUGGCUGUUGCUUUUGAUUGGCAGCUUGAACGGACGUCAGCCGACUGAGCAGGAA